AAAGGAAUGCUAUAAAUCCAUAUCCUCCCCCAAAGUCUUUGUCUUCUCCGCCCCCACUCUCCCACCCCACUUACAUACACACUCUCCCACUCCUCCGAGCCGGUCGAGUUGAAUCGGUGAGUCAGUGACCGAGUUUAACCAUGUCGGACGAAGAGCACCAUUUCGAAUCCAAGGCCGAUGCCGGAGCCUCCAAGACCUAUCCUCAGCAGGCCGGAACCAUCCGCAAAAACGGCUACAUCGUCAUCAAGGGUCGUCCCUGCAAGGUUGUUGAAGUUUCUACUUCCAAGACUGGUAAGCACGGCCAUGCUAAGUGUCACUUUGUUGGGAUUGAUAUUUUCACUGCCAAGAAGCUUGAAGAUAUUGUGCCCUCUUCCCACAACUGUGAUGUUCCCCAUGUGAAUCGUACUGAUUACCAGUUGAUUGACAUUGCUGAGGAUGGAUUUCUUAGCUUGCUUACUGAAAAUGGGAACACCAAGGAUGACCUGAAGUUACCUACAGAUGAGAGUCUGCUUACUCAGAUAAAGGAUGGGUUUGCUGAGGGUAAGGACCUUGUUGUGUCAGUUAUGUCUGCAAUGGGUGAGGAGCAGAUUUGUGCACUGAAGGAUAUUGGGCCAAAGAACUAGCCUCAAUUGCUGGUAGUUUGCUGUUUUCAUUUAUGCAAAAGUUAUAUAUUUUUGUAUGAUCUUGUUAAACCCCGGAGUUAUGGAGACUCUAAGUCAGACUAGUUUUAUAAACUGUGUUUAUGGAUGUGACAGAAACUGUUUAACAUUUCUCUGUUUCGAUGUUGUCUUGAUAUUUUUUUGAUAAAAUACGACUAUCAAAUUAUUUUUGUUUUAA